AUGAAGAAACAACAGAACAUGGAAUUGGCCUUCCGGCCCAAGUUCACGACAGCGAUACAGGGCAUUGACUUAAUGUCUCUUCCAACAGAGUGCCUAUGCCAGAUUUUGGACGAGGUUGUGGAGUACCGCGAAGAGAGUGACACCAACCUCCGGGAUGCAGUUCGGCUCAUGAGAGUUUGCAAACUUUUCGAAACAGAAGUCAUGGGGGCAAUUUCAAGAACAAGACUAUUGAGAAGGAUGAGAAAGAACCGCGAAGCCACCAUCCUGCAUCAAAAGGCUCAACCUACAGCCGGCAGAGCUUCUGCAGACUGCAAACUCACAGAAAACGGUGAUGCGAGUGCUUUCUUGGCGCGUUACAUCUACCAACAGCCAUAUCAACACCUGCCGUGGAAGACGAACCUAUCGAGCGUCAUAAACUCGUUGGCAGAUAAACUCAUGAAACAGGAUGGCAUGGAUCCUACAGGAAAGCGAAGAUUCAGUUACGUACAUGACUUGUGUCGCUAUGCUGUGCAUCCCCAGCCAUCGCUAGCAAAUAUCACGACGCGAUACGGAAUAUGGAUGCUGUUUCAUCCUUACUUUCAGUCCGCCCUGUUCCCCUCAAAGUCUGCGAUCACCAAAGAAACAAUCGACAACCUCUUACUCGUGGCCAAAAUCUAUCUCAAGAGGUCCGACGUCGAUAACACGAUACUCUCAAAGAUUCUCACACAAGGACCAAAAGCUCUGUCUACCUAUCAACCCAUUACCAUAGACGAGUCUUCCGACGAAGCUGAACCAAAGAAAUUGACGACGAAGAAGCCUCUACUCGGCUCUCUUCUGGAGGCGGCGAUUCGAAGUGGCAACCAGAACCUCGCCGCUCUCCUGGUGAAGUACGAGAUCGACGUGUCCCGGGGCAAAAGUUACAAGGCACCAGACGGCAACAAGAAAAAGAUUAAAAAGUACUACGAUACCUACUUUUGUCGAGUGGCAUUCAAGUAUGGGGAUGUGGAGACAUUCGCAGUUCUGCUUGAGUGCUCAGACGGUCGGAUGCUGCGAGGAGAGUUCGCGGACUUGCUCAUGCAAGUUGAGCCUCCUGUACGAGGCCCUGUUUGGGAAUGGCGGUAUCUGGCGUACGGGUGGCAACAUCGAGGAGUAGAAACAGGCUUGGAGGAAGCCAUCUCCCAUGGUUAUGCGCAUAUAUUCGGCAUGAUCCUAGAUUCUGCCCACGCAAACGAUCGAACGUACUGGAUGUGCAGAUGGGAAAAGACUUGCGGCUUACCUUGGCUGUCUGCGGAACGGCCCUAUGAUGGGAGGUUUCCCAUCGAGAUCGCGGCCGAGUGCGGGGAUGAGUCCAAGUUGAACUCGCUGCUGGUCGGAGGCUCCAGUCCUUACGGGCCUAGUCUGAGGUGCGUCGAGGCCUAUGCGAAGAAAUCGGACCCUGGCUUGAGCAUCACCCAUCUCAUGCCCAUGAUAUCUGCUGCGAAAAACUGGCAUAUCGGAUCAGCUCUCAUUUUGAUUAAGGGGGGCUUCGAGUGCAACCAGCAGGAAUGGCUACUUGUUAUGGGUACGGCGAUAACGAGCAGACGAGACAUUAAGGGUGCCGACGCUUUCAAGGGGGAAGAUGAAGAACGGAAACAGACUAUACGACAACGAGACGUGGUAUUUUGGCAAAGGUUAUUCGAUGCUAUUGCCAUGGGCCUCCAUCAUCUCGAAGACGACUGUCCGUGGUGUCGAACGUUCCCAGUUUACAUGGUCUCUCCCCUUGGGAGAAGUGUAGGAGCUGCGCGAAAUUUCAUCCGCACUGCUCUUCAGAUCAGUGGCCACAAGCAGUUCGAGGCGCGCAGGUUGGAUGAGACAAGUGUAAUGUUCACGGUGUGA